CACCGUGGCACGGUGCCUAGUGGCACGGCAGUAUCGCCAAGUAGUAGUAUGUCAUUCAUCUCUAUCAUACAAACAUUCCGUACGCAACUGGAUCUGCCCCCUGAAUUGUCUUGCGAAGACGUUCUGCGUGCGGCUUACCCUUUGAAAGUAUGUUGGCCGGACUACCAUACCCCUCCGAACCAGCAGCUGUCACGUGUUGGUUUGUGGCCUGCUGCACAGUGGUUGGCGAACAAGUUUUUUGGCCCGUCCAGUAUACCUUCCAACGAGCAAGUCGAGGCUCCGAUACAAUCUGCCUUGCCUCAGGCCCGGGGAUCGCCUGCCACCAUAUCAUUCAAUGUGGAAGCGGCCAUUACCUCUCCCUCUGCGGCGGCAGUCACACACGACACAUCUGAUUCUCACGGUUUCGACUUGGCAAGCCCGUUCAUCGGUUCAGACUCCGAGUCUGAACCGGAUUUGGAUUUGACCGCGGAUGCGCCUGUGUAUGCGGAUUCGGCCGCAGACUUGGAUCAUGGGGGAUGUUCUUUCACUCGUCGUGCGGCAUGUUUCAAGGACCGGCCCUUGCGUGACCACGCCGCCCUGUUGCAAAAAGAAUGUACGGGCUAUAUUGAACGAAUCAAUUUGGAGCAUGGAUGCAGAGGCAUUAGGACUGUGGAUCCUGGCAGACACUACUUUUAUAACAUUGUGUGCCAGUGUAGUAGUUGUCCAUACUUUUUGAGAAUCCACCUCACACAGACCGCCAAUUCUUCCACUACGAAUUACUGGAUUGUGGAUUGCUCAAAGA